AUAUAGUAGAGAUGCUGCUUAAAAAUGGCGCUAACGUCAAUUUAAAAGGCGGUAUGUAUAGCAACGCGCUGUAUGCAGCAUCAGAAGGGGGCCACGAGCAGAUAGUUAGGAUACUACUUAACAAAGGCGCCGACGCUAACGCACAGGGCGGAGAGUGUGGCAACGCACUGCGGGCUGCUUCAGCUAGAGGUCUCGAACAGAUAGUCAAGAUGCUGUUGGACGCGGGUGCCGAGACCA